GUGAAGUGAUAGAAAUGUUAUUGAAUCCUUUUUCGUUUCACGUUGUUUUAAAAUGGCUGACCACGAGGACUUGAAUGAAGUUUAUACGGAAUUAGAUGUGGGUAAUUUAUGUGUUACUAAUGUUACGCUAUUGAGAUCAUCUCUCGAGAAAAAUUACAGCGAAGAGAAUCUAAAACGUUUAGCAGUUCAAGGAACUCAGAAGCUUUUGAAUGAAAUUUUUAAGUUACCCAGUCAAUACCAUGAGCAUGUUCCAGUGGCUAAAUUACCAGAACCAACCUCAAUUAUUCCACGUGAAAAGCCUAUUCCUAAACCUAAAACCAUGACUAAGUGGGAAAAAUUUGCAAAGGCAAAAGGCAUCAAAAAGCAAAAGAAAGAAAAGCUGGUGUUUGAUGAAAGCAAUAAAGAAUGGAAACCUAGGUAUGGUUAUCGAGGAAUCAAGAAUAAGGAAGAUUGGGUUAAGGAAAUACCUGAUAAUGCUGAUCCAAAUGAAGAUUAUUUUGGAAAGGCAAAAGAACAGAAAAAGGAAAGAAUAGCCAAGAAUGAUUAUCACAGGCUGCGCAACAUUGCCUCAGCUACUAAAAUGAAAGUGACAAAUUUGGAAUCUGUUGAUUUAGCUGAUAAGCAUCAGUUGUCUCGAUCUUUGACUUCCGCAAAAUCAGCAACUGCAUCACUGGGUCGUUUUGCAGAUAAAUUACCCAAUGAGAGGGCACCCAAAAAUAAAAUGCAGAAAAGAAAGUUUAAACCCAACAAUCCAAGCAAUUUAAGAGAAGAAAAAGAAAAUAAUUUGAAAAUAUUAGAGAAUCUAGAAAAGAAGAUGCCCAAAUUGAAUGUACAGGAGGCUGUUCAACGCUAUAUGGCAAAACCUUUAAAAGAAGGAAAAACUGAUGAACAAGUCCAGUCCAGAGAGAAAAAAUACAAGUCAAAGAAAAAUAAAUUUAUGAAGAAUAAGUUAUAUCGAGCAGGGAAGAAAAAAGGGCCUCGAAAUGCAGCUUAAAGCACAUUUAUCUUGUUGAAAAAAACUUGUACAUAUUUUAAUAAAACCUUGUAAAAAUACA